AUGACAGAGCCGAGCGGGGCAGAGAUGAGGCCCCAGAUUCGGGUCACCGUCAAGACCCCCAAGGACAAGGAAGAGAUCGUGAUCUGCGAUAGAGCCUCGGUCAAGGAGUUCAAGGAGGAAAUCUCCCGGAGGUUUAAGGCUCAGCCGGAUCAGCUGAUCCUGUUCUUUGCAGGUAAGAUCCUCAAGGAUGGAGACACACUAAACCAGCAUGGGAUCAAGGAUGGGCUCACGGUCCAUUUAGUCAUCAAGGCCCCUCAGAAGGCUCAAGAUCCAGUGGCCACUCCUGCUUUUCCCCCAUCCACUCCCGACUCUGCUUCUGCACCCUCCACCACGCCUGCCUCCCCUGCUGCCCCCACCCAGCCCUGCGGCUCUGGCAAUGCCACUUCAGAUUCUGGCAAUGGAGGAGGACCCUCUCCAGUGGCUGCAGAGGGGCCCCCAAGUGCCACUGCAUCUAUUCUCUCUGGCUUUGGGGGCAUCCUUGGUCUAGGCAGUCUGGGCCUGGGUUCUGCCAACUUCAUGGAGCUACAGCAACAGAUGCAGAGACAGCUCAUGUCCAACCCUGAGAUGCUGACACAGAUCAUGGAGAACCCCUUGGUCCAGGAUAUGAUGUCAAACCCUGACCUGAUGCGCCACAUGAUCAUGGCUAACCCCCAGAUGCAACAGCUGAUGGAGAGGAACCCUGAGAUCAGCCACAUGCUCAACAACCCCGAGCUCAUGAGACAGACAAUGGAGCUUGCUCGGAACCCAGCCAUGAUGCAAGAAAUGAUGCGGAACCAGGACCAGGCCCUCAGCAACUUGGAAAGCAUUCCUGGAGGAUAUAAUGCCCUCCGCCGGAUGUACACCGACUUCCAGGAGCCCAUGCUCACAGCUGCUCGGGAACAGUUUGGCAACAAUCCCUUCUCUUCCCUGGCCGGGAACUCCAGCAGCACAUCUUCCCAGCCUCUUCGGACUGAGAAUCGAGAGCCCCUCCCUAACCCCUGGAGCUCCUCGCCCCCCACCUCCCAGGCCCCCGGGUCCGGUGGGGAGGGCACCGGAGGAUCGGGGACCAGCCAGGUGCACCCGACAGUCUCGAACCCCCUUGGGAUCAAUGCGGCUAGCCUGGGGUCAGGGGUGUUCAACAGCCCAGAAAUGCAGGCGCUCCUCCAGCAGAUCUCUGAAAACCCCCAGCUGAUGCAGAAUGUGAUCUCAGCCCCUUACAUGCGCAGCAUGAUACAGACACUCGCCCAGAACCCUGACUUUGCUGCUCAGGUAAUGGUGAAUGUCCCACUGUUUGCGGGGAAUCCACAGCUUCAGGAGCAGCUCCGCCUGCAGCUCCCUGUGUUCCUGCAGCAGAUGCAGAACACAGAGUCGCUCUCCAACCUCACCAAUCCCCGGGCCAUGCAGGCCUUGCUGCAGAUCCAGCAGGGCCUACAGAUCCUACAAACUGAAGUCCCUGGGCUGGUACCAAGCCUUGGCUCCUUUGGAACAUCCCGGAUCCCUGUACCCCUGGCAGGCAACUCUGGGUCUGCAGCCGAGGCCCCCACGCCCUCCCCAGGCCUACCAGGCACACCUCCUCCCACGGCAGGUUCCAGUGCCCAGCAGCAGAUGAUCCAGCUUCUGGCUGGAAGUGGAAAUUCACAGGUGCCGAUGCCAGAAGUGAGAUUUCAGCAGCAGCUGGAGCAGCUCAAUUCCAUGGGCUUUGUCAACCGUGAAGCUAACCUACAGGCCCUGAUCGCCACAGGUGGGGACAUCAAUGCCGCUAUUAAGAGACUCCUGGGAUUCCAGCUUUCCUAA